AUGGCCAUAGAUAGUGCCCAAAAGGGCGGAGUAAACGCCAUCGCAGCAAACAAUACAAGAAAAGCAUACGACAAAGAAACGUUUGCUGCACUAGUAGAAAGCUGCAGUCGCCUAUUUUGUUGUGAUGAAGAAAUUAUCAUCACAGAUCUACUUUUGGCUGUUGAAAAAGCUGUAUCAGAACGCGAUAUCGAGGCGGAAAUUGGACUGUCAGAAAGAAGGGUACACGAGUCAUUAGUUCGAUUAGAACGACACGGACUCGUCACCAAAGUCACCACAGGACACGGAACUGACAUUCUAGCAAAACCUGUUCGUCAACCUAAAAGUGCAAGAGAUAUACUACCACCGCCUCCGCAACCAAAUACACACAGCUACUGGAGAUUAAGCAAAUAUUUCGUUAUUGCGGUGCAUUACAAACUCAGGAAAAUGGAAGAGAUACUAAAACAACGCAGGCAGAGCCUGCAUGACUGUGAUCGAUUUGUUUGUCAUAAUUGUGGUGCGCUAUACGAUAGUUUGGAUGUGCAGAAACUGGAAAUGGACGGAUUUGAUGCACAUUUCCUUUGCUAUUGUGGAUCUAAAGUGGAACUUGAUGUCAAAACACUAAAAAAGUGUCUCGCAGCCGCAUGGGGGAUGGACGUACCACAGUUCCCAGUAUACGUAAGAAACAAGGAUAAAGCUACAGAUAAGUCUCAAGAGGAACAGGAAACAGUAAAUGCCUCGCAAAGUGCUGUUGGCGCUGCUUCAAGUGUAGCAAGUGGCGGGAGCGCUGUCAGUGAUAUCAGCAGCCUGAAUACACCUAGGCCGGUAGUCAAGUCGCUACUCUCGGAUAUAAACAAACAAAAGACUACAUUUGGUGCCAGAGCGGAACAAGGGAAGAUUAAGUUCCAUAUGCACGGUAUGACUGGCAAAAAAACACACACACUCAGUCAUUCCACUGCAGCCGCAAAACUGGUCGCAGAGCAGUUGCAUGAUACGGGAAUGAAGGAGGCGCAGAAACACACAUCACACGACGCUAACACAAUGCCAAAAGCUGCGGAGCAAAGUACACAAGUUGAAACGGAUGAAGAUAUCAUGUUCCACAUUGCAAAAUUAGGUCGCUCUUUCCCACUGGCAGAAGCGCAGAAUCAUCAACAACACAUGAGUAAUGAAGAAUUUGAACGAUUUCUGGAACUACAAGACCAAUAUCUCAACUUUUUGUGA